AUGGCAGCAGCAGCAGCAUCUAAAGUCAGCAACGGCAAAUCUUCAGUCCUGAAGAUCGUCGGGCUCUUUAGGAGAAAACCAGGUAUCUCUCGAGAAGCAUUCCGAGAAUACUACGAAACCAAGCAUGUCAAGCUCUUUGAGCAGCAUGUCGCUCUGCCUGGUGUAUUGCGCUUCUCUCGCCGCUAUCUGACACAAAUUGACGGGAUGUCCUCGCCUCUCCCGACGACCACGGGUGGCUACGACGUUAUCAUGGAGGUCUGGUACAAGGACCGGGACUUGUUCGAGUCUUUAAGGAGCAAACCGAAUCCCGAGUUCACGAAAAUUGCUAUCGAAGACGAGGAACAGUUCAUCGAUCGCAAUUCCAUGACCAUGUACUUUUCGGACGAUGUGGAGACUAAAUCUGGUCCAUGGGAAGUAUAG